GGACGUGCCCACGCCGUCCCGCCCUUCCAAGCCCUAGCUGGGGCAACUUGCGGAAGACACGCAACAGGCCGUGCCGGUGCGGCGCGUGGGACGCCGGUCGGGCUGAGAGGUGCAGCAACGGAGGGCCGGGGCCUAAUUGGUUUGCAUUUCCUCCCUACUUGUGAACAAUGCCGAAGAAAGUGAAGCGCACAGGGGAUGAGGACGAAGAAGAGGAGUCUGUUCCUCGAAAGCAGAUGAGGGAGGAGCUGCCUGAGGCGCUUUCUGUAUUAAACUUUGACAGUCCCAGUAGUUUCUUUGAAAGUUUAAUCUCACCCAUCAAAGUAGAGACUUUCUUCAAGGAAUUCUGGGAACAAAAGCCCCUUCUCAUUCAGAGGGAUGACCCUUCACUGGCCAAAUAUUACCAGUCUCUGUUCAGCCUCUCAGAUCUGAAGAGACUCUGCAAGAAAGGGCUAUACUAUGGAAGAGACGUGAAUGUCUGCCGGAGCGUCGGUGGGAAGAAGAAGGUUUUAAAUAAGGCUGGCAGAGCACAUUUUCUUCAGCUGAGAAAAGAUUUUGAUCAGAAGAGGGCAACAAUUCAGUUUCACCAACCGCAGAGAUAUAAGGAUGAGCUCUGGCGGAUCCAGGAAAAGCUGGAAUGUUACUUUGGGUCCUUAGUAGGCUCGAAUGUGUACAUGACUCCUGCAGGAUCUCAGGGCCUCCCUCCACAUUACGAUGAUGUUGAGGUUUUUAUCCUGCAGCUGGAGGGAACGAAACACUGGCGCCUGUACUCCCCAACUGUGCCCCUGGCCCACGAGUACAGUGUGGAGUCUGAGGACCGGAUCGGCACACCAACACAUGACUUCCUGCUGAAGCCUGGAGAUUUGCUGUACUUCCCCAGAGGGACCAUUCAUCAGGCCGAAGCUCCUUCAGGACUGGCCUACUCUAUUCACCUGACUAUUAGCACCUACCAGAACAAUUCAUGGGGAGACUGCCUUUUGGAUUCCAUUUCGGGGCUUGUAUUUGACAUUGCAAAGGAAGAUGUGACAUUAAGAAGUGGAAUGCCCCGGAGGAUGCUCCUGAAUGUGGAAACCCCAGCUGAUGUAACAAGGAAGUUGAGUGGCUUUCUGAGGACUCUUGCAGACCAGCUCGAGGGCAGAGAAGAGCUGCUGUCAUCAGAUAUGAAGAAGGACUUCGUCAAGCACAGGCUCCCUCCUUUCUUCCAGGGAAAUGGAACGGAGACGGUGGACCCAGGUAAAAAGUUGCCAAGGUUGGACAACAUAAUAAGACUGCAGUUCAAAGAUCACAUUGUCCUCACAGUAGGGCCAGAUAAGAAUCCAUCCGAUGAAGCUCAACAAAAGAUGGUUUACGUCUAUCAUUCUCUGAAGAAUGUGAGACAGAUGCACAUGAUAGGAGAAGAGGAGGAAUCUGAGAUUUUCGGUCUUCGCUUUCCUUUAUCACAUGUGGAUGCUCUGAAGCAAAUCUGGUGCGGGUUACCAAUUCGUGUUAAGGACCUGAAACUUGACACAGAUGAAGAAAAGGAGAAUCUGGCACUGUCACUCUGGACGGAGUCUUUAAUCCAAGUACUCUAGUACCUUUAUGCAGACUUUCAGUGAGCGGGGAAGGGGGCUGGCGCUCUGGUUAGUACUCUGGGUGGGGGUAUAGUUACCUGGAGGAGCAGGGAGAAGAAGCUGGCUCAUGUCCUUGUGGACACAAGAGCGAAAACAGGAAAUUAUUAGGCAUCCCAGACUCUGAUAAAACGAUACUUCGGACAAGUUUAUUUAAUCCAGUGUUGUAGAAAAGGCACAACUCCAGUACAUGUGUCAUAAAGAAUUAUGUCACUAACCUGGCUUGUCUUGGUUCUUUGGAAGAAAUAACUCCUUUAAAGAGCAUCCUGGGCUCCAAAAAUACUUUCUAACAAUUACAAUGAAAAUAUACAGAUCUUUGAGCAUACAUGACCCCUUCCCCAUUAAAAUAAACACGUUUCAUGUAAUACUGCCACACCCAUGCGAGGUACCCAGCAUCUGUGGACAUGCAGAGCUUUCAGGUGCUACUUGGAAGACGACAGAAGGGCCAGGAUAUACAUGGAAAGACCAAGUGUAUAAAAAAUAAAGUAGAUGGUGGCUCU